GGAACGGAGAACGGCGGAGGGCUGCGGGGAGAGGUGCAAAGAGAAAAGAAAGCGAAGGCUUGAAGCGGCGAGAAACAUGUGGAAAACGAAAACAGCUGAGGGGAACACGAUGUCCUUAUAUAAUAGUUUUCAAUCUGAAUUCGAUUCAAUCGCCGCUCGUCUUCAUUCCUCUCCUUCUCGCCGUCUUCCCUCCGCCGCUCCCCCUCUCGGAGCCUCGUGAUGUUACUUUUUUGCCGCUGAAGGUUCCUCGUCUCUUCCAUCACUUUUCCUUCUCUUUAAUUCUGGAUUGCUCAUUGUUUUAGCUUUAUGAAAUUUGUUCCCAAUUACAUGUUGGUGCUUUCCCCAUUCAGGAGAAUCAAUUUCUUUACUUUCUAAUUUACUUUAUUUUAUAAGAAUUUUUAGUUUUAUUACUAGAAAUUCAUUGUUCAAAAUUUACAUCCUAGAAGUAAAAGUUUGCAUGAAGCAAUACCCCUUAUUGGUUUCUUAGAUGCCUUAAUUUAUUUAAUUUCUUUACAAAUAUUCAACUUCUGUAGAAAAAACAAAUCUAAGGGAAGUUUUAGCAGUAUGGGCAUGGCAUUGCUGAAAUGAUGCCUUCAUGAGUUUCUCAACAUGAAUAAUUCCUUUAACUGUCCAAUUUAGGCAUUAUUAAUUCUGUUUAGCAGUUUAAUUAAGAGAUUAAUAGUGGGAAUUGUCUAAAAUGAUUGCACCUGGUGGGCUGCUAUGAUUGUUCAUAUGUUUUUCGCUUGUCUUCGGUGAUAAAAUCAGGUUCAAAACCUUUUUCAACAAAUGGUGAGAUGAUUGUUGGAGCUUAUUUCGCCAUGCAACAUGCUUUUUAGCUUAUUUCGCCAUGCAACAUGCUUUUUCUUCUUUUUUUUUUACAAAUAUUGUUGAAGAUUGUUGCUUUAAAAUGUCGGUUCUCCAAAGUUUUGUUUGAUAGCAAAGCUUGUUUAUUGUUCUAGCACCAACCGUUUGUUAUUUCUAGCAAAUGAGCCGAGCAUAUGUAAUUGGUUGACGCCGGUGAGCUUUCAUACUUGGUGUGAAUUCUCUUUAAUCUAACACUUUGACUACAUAAGGACAUUUUGUGGGAAAGUCAAUUUAGAAUGUAUAUAUAAUCAUAUGUUUGGUUACCUAAUUU